CGGGCGGGCGCGGAGGGCGGGCCGCGCGGGCGCGUUUCCGCCGGCCGGUGUCGCGCCGGGUCCCGGGGGCGGGCGGCGGCGGGCGGCGCGGAAGCGGCGUCCGGGCAGCCAUGUCGCCUUUGUCUGCGGCGCGGGCGGCCCUGCGGGUCUACGCGGUGGGCGCGGCGGUGAUCCUGGCGCAGCUGCUGCGGCGCUGCCUCGGGGGCUUCGCGGAACCAGUUUUGGCCCCACAGCCCGACCGCGUUGCUGUAGUGACUGGAGGCACGGAUGGAAUCGGCUAUGCCACGGCGAGGCACCUGGCGAGACUCGGCAUGCGUGUGAUCAUAGCUGGAAAUAACACUGGCAAAGCCCAGGAAGCCGUGAGACAAAUCCAAGAAGAGACUUUGAAUGACAAAGUGGAGUUUUUAUAUUGCGAUCUGGCGUCUCUGAAGUCCAUCCGGCAGUUUGUCCAGACGUUUAAGAAGAAGAAAAUCCCUCUCCACGUCCUGGUCAACAACGCCGGAGUGAUGAUGGUCCCUCAGCGGAGAACCAGGGAUGGAUUUGAGGAGCACUUUGGGCUCAACUACCUGGGCCACUUCCUGCUCACCAACCUCCUCCUGGACACCAUGAAGGAGUCCGGAUCUCCAGGCUGCUGCGCGAGGGUGCUGACCGUCUCGUCGGCCACCCAUUACAUCGCCGAGCUGGACAUGGAGGACCUGCAGGGCAGCCGCAGCUACUCCCCGCACGGUGCCUACGCCCAAAGCAAGCUGGCCCUUGUCCUGUUCACCUACCACCUGCAGAGGCUGCUGGCCGCCCAGGGGAGCCCCGUGACCGCCAACGUGGUUGACCCCGGCGUGGUCAACACCGACCUCUACCGACACGUCUUCUGGGGCACGCGUCUCAUCAAGAAGCUCUUCAGCUGGUGGUUCUUCAAGACCCCAGAUGAAGGAGCCUGGACAUCCGUCUACGCGGCAGUCACCCCAGACCUGGAAGGAAUAGGCGGCCGCUACCUUUACAACGAGAAAGAGACCAAGUCUCUCGCGGUCACGUAUGACCUAGAUCUUCAAAGAGAAUUGUGGGCCAGGAGUUGCCAGAUGACCGGCAUCACUGACGUGACCCCGAGCACCUUCUCGGGGUAGCUGUCACGUCGGGGAAGACCUUGCCUUCAGUCCAGCAAACACAGGCACAGGCAGCUUGUCUACCAGGAGAAUGAAUGGUGAUCCAUACACAGUCGGACAGAGACGGAGGGUCUUUGGGGCUGUAUCUAGUUGGUCCCUGUAGGGGUGGAAUUAUGAUCCCCUUCAAAAGAUACCUCCAUGCGCUCACCCCUGAGAACCUACGGAUGUGAUUCUACUUGGAGAGAUCAUCUUUACGAUGGAAUCAAGAUCUUAGGAUAAGGAGAUCAUCCUGGCUUAUUUAGGUAUAAUCAGUGUAAUCACAAGUUUCCUAUCAGAGAUAGCAGAGAUUUGAUUACAAAAUAGGAAGAGGUCAUGUGACCAUGGAGACAGAGACAGAAAGGACAUGGCCACAAACCCAAGGACACCUAGAGCCCCCAGAAGAGGCAAGAAGACCUUUCUCUGGAGCCUCUGGGCUCUGCCCUGCCUGGAUCUCAGCAGCCCUGCCCUGCCUGGAUCUCAGACUUCUGGUCUUCAGAGUUGUGGGAGGACGAAUUCCUGUGGCUUUUAAGCCACCAAGGUUGAUAGGAAUGUGUUACAGGAAACUCAUACAGAUCCCUGUGGUUCUAUUUCCCAAAGUUUACGGGCACCAUCCUUGACUUCAGGGCUCACCCUUACUCAGCUACCAGUCAGGCAAGGAAGGCUCAGUCCUCUCUCUAAGGAUGUUUACAGACUCCAACAUGGACAGACAAGCCACUUGAAAAUGCAGCAGAAAGGACACCACUGCCUGCGUGCUGCUGGACUGCACUCUGAACUUCCAGAACAGUGACUACUGGUCAUCCGACCAUCUAUUCCUUCAGUUAACAGAAUCUCACCAAACACCCAAAUCUGAUGUCGACUCUGGGCACACGCGUGCUUUGGAAGAGCCAGCAGCUCUUCUAGCAUGGGGCUCACACGGGACACAGGGACAGAUGCUUUCUAGGAUUGCCUCUUGGUUGUUCCAGGAUGGGUGCAGUGGCACCAUGAAGCAGUUUAGGGAUCUGCUGUCCUGGAAUGGAGCAUGACUUCAUGGGAAUUUAGUAAAAUACAAAGGAAUGUCAUUGCUCUGGUUUGGGUUAUUUGAGAGUGCGCAUGACGGAUUCUCUUUCAGUGACAGAGUUCUCUGACUUUCUUGGCCAAGGUGGUCAACCUUAAACAAAUCUUCUCAACAAAGAUGCUGACAGUCUCUCCCAAAGUCCAGCUAGGCUGAUGGGUUUUGCUGGCCCACUGGGGGAGUGUCUGAAAAUGAUUACUGCUCAUCCCUACCCUCAGUAGAACUCCAGGGUUCAUUCUUCUGGACCUCAGCAUUUCUGUAGAGCUCAAGCCAUCCUCUUGUUCAACCAAGUUCAAGACCCAACCUGAACCAGAUGUACUCAGACUGCAUCUUCUAUCCCUAAGUGCUGGCAUGUCCUCAGACUGCUCAGAUGUUCUACUAAAGCCCUGAAGCCCAGAUUAAGGUCUUUUAGACCUAGAAUCAUGAUCAAGAUGUUCUUCAUCUGAUUUUUUGAGCAGCCAGGACUCGGUGCCAAAAAACAGCAUCUCGAAUUCUGGAAGAUGCCAACCUUGGAGCAUUGAUGGGUCAUCAAGGACCAUAUUACAGCUUGAGGCUGUCAGACACAAGUGCCAGUGACGGUCAUCAUUAUCACAAAGGUACUUUCCAAGUAGAGGCUCAUGACGGUGUUGGUAGGAUGACUCCUGUCCAAGCCAGCAUCCUCUAUCACUGAGAAAACAAGCGCGCCAGGGUCUGACAGAUGCUGCAGUCCUCGGGCUGAGAAGAUGCAAUCCAAGAGCAAUCUGAACUUUGUAGGACCCUGGCCUCAGAUUGUUCUUAUUUGUUACACGACAGCCCUUUUGUUGCUCUUCCUCCCUGGGAGAGAGAAAGAGAAGGAAAACAACAACACAUGGUUAAACAUGGUUCUGGAGAAGUUAGCAGACGCCCUCGACCCGUGAUCGUAAAAUGCCUCGGUGCUUGGAGACACUUCCCAGCAGCUGGAGAAUUCGUGCGGAUCUCUGGGUGAGUAAAGCUCAUUUUGUGACUUGGCAGGCACUGGGGGUUCUGGGUUGGAGCCUGUCACUCAUGUUAGGGGAUCCGUGAGGGUCUCUGAGCCCCACCAGGGUGAUGACUUUCCAUCCAUGAGUAAGACUUGAGUCAGUAGUUGGACUCAGGAUGCAUGCGUUUCUCUUCUCGGUAAAGCUGUUCUUUUGUUCCUUCAGUGUAGCAAUGGUGAGUUUUGUUUUGGUUCCGCAGUGGGAGGGACCACUUCAUUCAUUCAUCUCUUCAUUCAUUCAUUCAUUCAUUCAUUUCUACCAAGCCAGGCUCUGAGGAAACAAACUCGAUCAAGUUGAGUGGGACCUAGCUCUUGUCCCAAAGGAGCUGGAGGUCUGUGAUGGACUGAUAAUGACCUCCGUGGAUAUUAGGUUCCAAUCCCUGGAAUCUGGAGAUUUCACUGGAUAGGACAGCAGAGACUUUUAACAAGAAAGAGUGAGUUCAGCAAAGGAUGGCCUGCGUAGGACACAAGCUCUGUCUGGAUGCCAACUGGAUGUUGAAGGUUUCUGUAUCAUGAACAGGUGGCAUGGGCACCUCUCAUCUUGCCUGUUUGGAAAUUCAACCAUACAAGGUGCACUGGGCUCCCUCCAAGGUGGGACAGGUCAGGAGACGAGAUAGGGGAAGCUUCUUGGAUUGAUGUACAGGUCAGGGGGGACAUCCCAUGUCCCACUGGAUGUGAACUUUGGGAAGCGUGCAGUCUUGCAGUGGGCACCAUCGUUAAGUCUUCGGGUCUGUCUUUCUGAGCCUUGUCUACUGAGUAAUGAUGCUAACAUGACCUUGUCUGCACCCAGGUUUGCUGAGACAACAAAACCUAUGUAUGCACUCUGCUUGAGGAAAGUUCAGGAAUAACUCUAUGACACCCAUGGUUUUGCAGGCAGGGUCUGGAUUUAAUUUGUCAUUUAAGUGGAGAAAUCAUACUUGACCCUUGAACAGCACAAGGCUGGGUGUGCCCAGCCUCUAUGCACUCAAAAAUCUACAUAUAAUUUUUGACUUCCCCCAAAACUUCGUUCCUGGGAGCCUGCUGUUGACCAGAAGCCUGACCAAUAAUGUAGUCAAUUAAUAUUUUGUAUAUUCUGUGUAUUAUAUUGUGUUCCUACAAUAAAAAUAAACUACAGAAAA